AUGUCGAUUUCAACUCCUCUACCCGUAAAUGAGCCCAAGAGACCAGGAAAGAAGUUCAUCAUGCUUGAGAGUAACCCGCAUGUGAUGAACCAGCUCUCCUAUGCGCUUGGUCUCUCUUCCACACUCGCCUUCCACGACGUCUACUCCCUUACAGACCCAACCCUCCUCUCAUUCCUUUCACGGCCCGCGCUCGCCCUCCUCUUCGUUUUCCCGGCCACGCCAGCCUACCUCGCUGCCUACAACGAAGAGCAAGCCACGAUUCCAACCUACCGCGGCAGCGGGGCCAACGAGCCCGUCAUCUGGUUCAAGCAAACCAUCGGUAAUGCGUGCGGGCUGAUCGGGCUGCUUCACUGCGUGUGCAACGGGGUAGAGCGUGAAUCCAUCACUUCUGGCAGCGAGCUGGACAAACUGUUAGAGCAAGCCAUCCCGCUGACUCCGGACAGGAGGGCCAAGGUGCUGGAGGAUAGCGAUGCGUUAGAGGCGGCCCAUAUGGCUGCUGCGAGGACGGGGGAUUCAGCGGUGCCUGAUGUGGAUGCGCAUGGUGAUACGCACUAUCUGGCGUUUGUAAGGGGGAAGGAUGGGUGUUUGUGGGAGCUGGAAGGGGGUAGCAAGGGACCGGUAAAGAGAGGGGCGCUGGAGGAGGGAGAGGAUAUGCUCUCGGAAAGGGCACUGGAGAUGGGGGUCAGGAAAUUCUUUAAGAGAGAGGAAGAAACGGGGAGUGGAGAAAUGAGGUUUAGUGUGCUGAUGUUGGGGCCGAGUUUCGAGUGA